UGUGUUUGCUGGGAGUUAGGCUCGUUUCCUUCUUUGAGUGGUGCAUAGUUUUGUUUACAACUGUGAACGGUAUAGUAGUACCAUAGAUGGUAUACCGAAGAUGGGUUCGGCAAAGAUUUCCCUAAUGAUCGUGCUGCUAGUGUGGUUCCUUUUACCUUCUGACUGUGAAGCUUGGCGUAGACGCCGUCGUCGUCGAUGUCCAGUACGAGACUGUGAUAUAACAUCAUGGUCAUAUUGGAGUUAUUGCACUGCAGACCGUUGUGGAGAGCAAGGCCAGCAAAGUCGAUCAAGAAUGAUAGUAUCAAAGCCUUCUUGUGGUGGAACAGCAUGCCCAGACAACCGUUUCGAAACUCGGCGUUGCUAUGGAAGUAGAUCAGUUGACUGUGAACUGAGCUAUUGGUCAGAGUGGAGCGCUUGCACAUCUCUGUGUGGCGUAUCAGGAAAGCAGACUAGCUUUCGUCACCGAAUAACUACAGAGCAGUGUGGCGGUACAUGCUCAUCUUACCUCACAAGAACGAGGUCCUGUCCACAUCCUGGCUGUUUUAAUGGAGGAAGUAUAAAAAAUGGAGCAUGUUUCUGUAGAGUAGGGUUUUCCGGUGAUUGCUGCCAGAUUCAAGGGAAGGUGAUGCGUUGCAGAGGACCUACAUCAGUAGUUGACUGCCAACUUAGUUCCUGGUCGGAAUGGGGUCCAUGUACUACAAAGUGUGGUGUAGCAGGAAAGCAAACUAGCACUCGUCACCGUACAGUUACAGAGAAAUGUGGAGGCACAUGCCCCGGAGGAUCUAACUUGGCAAAAACACGAGCCUGCCCUCAGAUCAGUUGUUUAAAUGGAGGAAGCUUAAUGAAUGGAGCUUGUGUCUGCGAAAAAGGUUAUUCUGGUGAUUGCUGUGAGAAAGAAAAAUCCUCAGAUUCAAAAAACCUGGUCGUUGGGCUGACAGUGCCAGCCGGUUUUAUUUUCAUCAUCAUGGUAUGUAUUUGUAUUUACAAGGUGAAGGACCACUAGGCCUCCAGAAGGGUUGAACCUAGGCCUUUAGAUUCAAUGUGGAUCCUAACAAAGCUGCUUUAUUUGCCUUUUCCACAAAUGCAAAGGCAUAAGUUCAGAACGCUUCAAGCGAGAUAGAUGAAACCAGUUGUCAAAUAUUUGUAGAGCUUCUUCCAGUUUCCAACUCUUUUUGCAGUACAGGAAGCUAAUUAAAAUUAGAGUAAGGAAUAGCCUUUGCCAAGUUAACUGUAAUGGGACUGAACAAGCGUAAAAGUAGGACAACGACAAAUUGCGUCAACAAAAGUGUGACACAGGCUAUACAAAGAAUCGAGCUAGAAUUCCAGUCAGUGCACAAGUUAGUUCGAGGGAUCGUAUCGAGGCGCGGGAAUUUACCAAUUUUCUACUCUCAACCGCGUUCAAUUGCAAACGCCUAAAGGAAUGGAGCCUUAUACACCGAUCAAUUCGGAGCUUUAGCAUCCCCCCCGCCUCCCCGAGCAACCCCCGGGCAUUUGACUGUCAUCCGUGCUCGGUGGUGAGGAAUAUAAACCUUACCCGGGUGGGGUGGGGAAUUUGAAAAAGAAGUGUCGAGUACAUAUAUUUAAUCUUUCAAUAAGGAAGUAUUAAAAGGUGAAGAGUUGACCUCCGCAAGAGGAUGGCUCAGAAGAAAUGAUUUACACGGUUUAGGUUUUAGGUUUUUAACCCAAAAAUUGACCAUCAAAUCCAUAGACAUUUGGGUGGGACAUAUGAUCACAAUUUUGACCCAGGCGAGGAAAAUUUAAGCGGACUAAUCAUAAGAAAUUUCAAAUACCGAAGGGAGGGAGGUAGGGAGGGGAAGGUACCUAGGGAGAAUAUUGGAGCUCCGAAUUGAUCAAUACAUUACUUUAUCGUUUCUUGCUCUAAAUCCAGAGCUUUUCGUCACUUGUAAAUAAUAAGCUUACGCCUAACUUUCUUUAUCUUCCAAGACUGUUUUUCGUGAGCCCACUAAGAAAUGAUACUAUUCAAAAAGGAAGGGAUCGUCGGAUUCGUUCACAAAAAAAAGGGCAACCUCAUAUAUAAAAGCCGCCAUUUUGUUAACGAGGACGUUCAACUCACGCGCAGGCGUAUUGUAAUACUUCAGGCUCCUGUUGUUUAAAGGGUGGAUAAUGCUCAGCAUUGAAUAAAUCACUAUCCAUUAGUUAGCGCAGCAAGUUUUGUUAUCCACUGGGUAACGAUUUAUCCGCUGGGUAACGAUUUAUCCGCUGGGUAACGAUUUAUCCGCUGUGUAACGAUUUAUCCGCUGGGUAACGAUUUAUCCGCUGGAUAACGAUUUAUCUGUUGGAUAGCGAUUUGUCCGUUAGAUAGCGUUAUCUACCAUUCUAAAAAAAAAAUUCAAAACUAAGUUUCUAAAUCUCCAAAAAGUCCUUUGAUGCUAAUGAAUAAAUGUAAAGAGUAAAAAAUUAGAAAAAGAAGAUCAUAACUUUAUCUUUUAAGUACUUGCCAAGAGAACACAAACUGAAGUUUAUAUUCUGUUGGUGCUCUGUUAUAUUCAUAUGUUGUUUGACCACGUUGUGCUUUGAUCAUUUUGUAUUGCGACAGAAUAGCCCUCUAUAGGGGAGCCGUAAUAAAUUGUAUUAUAUUGAUGGAAUAAAUAAAGUGAAGUAAACAACGACUAAAACUA